AUGAGUGACUCUUCCCUGCCAUUCCUGGCUGGAGCAAACACUGUGGAAGAGCAAAGGGCUCGCUGGGAGAGAAAGCGCAGCCGGACAGCCAAGGAGCUGCUGGAAACUGAACACCAAUACCUUGAGCAGCUGGAUUUGGUGGUCACAUUCUUUGUAACAAUUUUAAAGGCCAAGGGGACGCUGAAACCUGCUGUGCUGGAAACCAUCUUUGGACCCCUGGAAUCCAUAUAUUCAGCCAGCCAAGUUCUGUCCCUUCACCUGGAGAGAGGGAAUUUGGGACCAGGAUUGGAAAAUUUCUGUCAGCAUCUGGAGCUUUAUGGCCGCUAUGCUGAGAAUAUGGAGCAGGCAAAUAAGACAUUGAAUGAGCAGCUGAGGAAAAACAAGUCAUUCCGACGGUUUAAGAAACUCCAGGAGACUCGACCUCAGUUUCAAGGGAGGAAGCUAGAAGAUCUGCUUCCUUUGCCCCUGCAGAGGCUGCACCAGUACAAGCAUUUCCUUAGAGACCUGCUAGAGAACACCAGCCCAGACAGUGCUGAGUACCAGAAACUUGCAAAGACUGUGAAAUCUGUUUCUGAGGUAUCUCAGUGGGUGCAAGAUAUUGCUUGUAAGAGAGAGAACUCAUUGCAGCUACUCCGGAUUCAGAAACUGCUCAAGGGACAGAAGACCCAGGUUUUGACUCCAGGACGCUGGUAUAUCCGGGAAGGCUGGCUGUCGGUGGUGCCUUCAAAGGGAGAAGAACUGAAGCAGAGGAUGUUCUUCCUUUUCUCUGAUAUCUUAAUUGCAACAAAGCCCUGCCACCCACUGCACCUGCUGAACUCGAAGAAGCUGGCCUGUCAGGCUGUCUACCCACUUCACCAGUGCGUGGUGGACAAAGUGUUUGGCCACACGCAGAGCCAGGGAGGGCUCCUCAGUCUUUCCUUCCCACACAAGACACUGCUGCUGAUGUCCAGCAACCAAGAAGAUAUUAAUGACUGGUACCGGAGUCUCAGAGCUGCAGUCAGGCAACUGAAAGCCUGACCCAUCCAAGUCCCAGACAGCCUGGCAGGACAACUGCCCCUCUUGGUAGAAGCCUACACAAUCCUAGGGAAUGUUCAGGGACGUUCAGAAGAACUGCACAUAAGAAGGACCACACACUGUGCUUGUGAGAUUACUAAUGCCUGGUCACCUGCCCUAGUAUUAACACAAGUAUUGCAAAAAAACCCAGGCAUGCACACAGGAUUUGCUUAUAAAGAAUCUGUACCAAGAUUUUUCUCCAACUUGGCUUUAGCUUUACACUUUUUUCCCUCAGGUUAUUAAAUUGAAGGACAAGCAGGAGAGAGCCUGACUUGCUUUCCCUCACCAAAUGCUUUUAUUCUACUUUCUGUAUCAGUGUUUUCGUAUUUGUUUGUCUACACACGUCUACCUGCUGUUGCUUCUGGGUCCUUUGAUCAAAACACGUUUUAGUUAACAGCAAUGUGGGCAUAACAUUGUAUUUUCAGAUACUGCUGGUCAUUAGGAACAAAGAUUAAAGUCUGUCUGAACAUUGACUUUUUAGUAAUUUCACUGGUUUUAUUUCUUCCUUCAACAGUAC